AUGCGUUAUUCCAUGACGCUGAUCCUCGCGGCCGUGUGCUGCUUCAUCAGCGGCCUCGUGGGCGCUGAGUGGUUCCCCCGCGAGACUGGUGUCAUUGCUCGCGCUGCUGCUUUCGCGGGUUGGUCCCCCAAGCCGACUCCCGCUCCUGGCGCCGCGAAGACCGAGAAGGAGGAGGUGUUGGAUGUUCUCCUUAGACGGGAGAAUGACAACAAAAGUUGGAUCAAUAAUGAGACCUGUGGUUGGAUCUCGGGCCCGCCUUCUAAACCCUUCACUUGCGAAGAAAGUUCCACUUGUGCUACGAACUCUGACCAUAUUGUCGCUUGUGUCUCUGGCACGAUCUCGUCGUUUUUCACGACGUGCAUGGAUUUCUCUGCGUAUCAGAGAGGUCUUUGCGACGGCCGUGACCCGGGAGCCGGAUGUUGCAUGAAUAGUCGCUACGGCUCUUGCGCAACUUACCUCUGGGCCAACGACCCUAUGCGUUCCAUGUACCGUUGCUCUAACAUCUCAACGGCCAUCGAUAUGCUAGACGUUCCGCAGUUCGUCGUGGAUGCUUCUCUCAGUGCAUCCGCGGCCCAGACCCCUACCAGCGUCGAUCCCCUGAGUUCCGGCAUCUACCCCGGCAGCGAGCAGCCAUCCUCCAAUACCAGCAACAUCAGCGUCGGCGCUAUCAUGGGCUGCGUAAUCGGCAGCGUCCUUGGUCUCUCCGUCAUCGGCUACAUGUUGUUAUGCUGCCGAGCCUACCGCAAGAAAGCCAAGGCAGACCACAACAACGUUCAGAACCGUCUCGACAACGCCUUCCAGCCGCCUCUCACUCCUCGCACUCCUCGCCUCCGUGGUCUCGCUAUGUCGGCCUUUGAGCCUGAACCCAGUACCCCCGCCAACCAGCGCCAGCCCGACGCUUCGUCGUCCGUGUACUCCCAGGACUCAGCCACCAUAGUCACCCCCUCUCGCAGCGCCAACCGAGCCUCCGCCCCUGUGUACACCCACGUAGCUCCCGACACUCCCCGCCCGGAUGCCCAGCGCCCCCUCUACUACUCUGUUUUCGAUCGACCUCAAGCCGGAACCUCAGUCCCCCCUAGGUACGAAUGGCAUCAAAUGCACGUCCGCGUGCGCCCCGAGAGUUCGCCUGUUAUCGGGUACAACACGCCACCGCCUCGAUACUCUCUGUAUCCCGCCGUCGAGUCGCGCCUAAGCGCAGCCGACAUGCAAGCGGUUACCGAGGGUCGCGUGCACGCCCUCGUGCAGAGCGAGGAAGACGCUGUUCUUUGGGUGAACAGGGAGCCUACCACCAGCUCGAUGAACACGGAGGGAGCCACUGAGGCGACGCACGACCUUAAGUAG